CAUGCCAGCUUGGUGCUUCGUCACUUGCAGUCACGCCCUCCAUAGCAGUUCCAUAAAUCUCUCGUUCUCUCUCUGUGUAUCUCUGUAGCUUGAGCCUCUUCGUGCUGCUGCGGAGCAUUAUGUCGUCGGACGAGGAGGACGGUGAAGAUUACCUCUUCAAGAUCGUCAUCAUCGGGGACUCUGCUGUCGGCAAAUCCAACCUGCUGUCUCGCUAUGCUCGCAACGAGUUCAACAUGCAUUCCAAGGCCACCAUCGGCGUCGAGUUUCAGACUCAGAGCAUGGAAAUCGACGGCAAGGAAGUCAAGGCUCAGAUUUGGGACACUGCCGGCCAAGAGCGCUUCCGUGCUGUCACCUCCGCCUACUACAGAGGUGCUGUCGGUGCUCUUAUUGUCUACGAUAUUAGCCGGAGAACCACUUUCGACAGCGUUGGUCGCUGGCUCGAUGAGCUCAAAACUCACUGCGACACAACAGUGGCAUGGAUGCUUGUGGGCAACAAAUGUGACUUAGAGAAUAUUAGAAAUGUGAGUGUUGAGGAAGGCAAAAGUUUAGCAGAAGCAGAAGGUCUAUUUUUCAUGGAAACAUCUGCAUUAGACUCAACAAAUGUUAAGACUGCUUUUGAGAUGGUUAUUAGAGAGAUUUACAACAAUGUGAGCAGGAAGGUCCUCAAUUCAGAUACUUACAAAUCAGAGCUAUCUGUCAAUAGAGUAAGCCUCGUCAACAAUAACGGGGCCGCUGAUUCAAAGCAGACCAAAAGUUACAUGUCUUCUUGUUGUUCCAGAUGACCACCACCAUUGUCAUGGCCCAACUAGUGAACAGAUUCUGUCUUAUUACAUGGAUGCGUCAAAGGACUAUCCACAUUACCGACAAAAGCACACUAGAAAAUAUCAGAGCCAGAGACGUGCUGGAAUUUUUCAUCCUCAAAGUUUUAUUUAUUUAUUUAUAUUUUUUUGGAAUUAUUUUGAUCCUUGCAUGUAAGUAAACAUGUACAGACAAAGACAAGCAUUUGCCUACACCGUGACUCUUCAGCA